GGUGGUUAUCUUAUCUGAAAUCGAGUUAUAACGAGAAAAGCGACGAUCGAUAAAAGACGCAUUUGGUAUUUACGUGGGCCGAAGCGAAUGCCACGUUGGAAUCGACAGUGCGCGCUGCGAACGAUGUGUACUAACGACGCGGGCUAUGAAUUGCACGAAUCGAUUGCUCGCGGGAGGAAUAAUUAGUUUAGUCCGUUACACUCGCGUCGUGGAUACGCGGAUGAAAAGGCAGUAUCGUUGAAAAAAGGAGCUGCCUGUAAGGCAGUCAGAGAAAAUAUGUACAGAGAGGGUGGGUCGAGACAGACGAAAAAAUGAGGGGUUGAUAAUCUAAUGGUAAAUGGUAGAUAGCAUGCGUAGAACAUGGGCAGUGGCGUGGAUCGCCGAAUUCGUUCGGAACACAUGUAAAACAUUUAAACAUUUGCAUCUCGCGAUAUGGAAACGUCAGUCCCACCUCUGCGAGAUGAUACGGAAGCUGGAAUCAUCCACUGAAAUCUAUGGCGUUAAAAAUGAUAAGAGCGAAGAGGCACGAAGAGGUAUAAACGGGAACGCGUAAAACCUGAAUCCCGCAAUUUGUAACGCUCUUACACUUUAUCCCAAACUUCCGUUCGUCGAGUAUCUUGGGAAACAGGGUGCACCUAGCCCAAUUGCCUCCUCUCGCUACGCCAUUGGGCGUAGGGUGGCAAGAGAAGCUUGGGUGCCCCACGGCACAGGGGUUUCGAAUAUCGAUCUCUCGCGUUCUCCUAGUCUAGUCGCUCUCUUUCUCUCUCUGGUUCCCCUCCCGGCGCCCUGUACGUCUCUCUGUUCCACCGGCACGGUUUCGAUCUCCCUUUCUCUCCCGCCGCAGAGCUCGGCUGCGAAUAACCCGGGAAACCGAGAGAGACGAGAGCAAGAAGGGUUCACCAGGAAGUCCCAGCCAAAGCCCAGGAGCGGAGGACAUUCACCGAUGCAUACAUGCGAUGCUAAAUACACGUACACGAUAUACAGGCGCCACGUAAAAGUUUGCGAAACCGGAACUCGCGCAGCUCGCGCACCUUCAGAUUCGAAAGUUUCCACGCGCACGAUUCCGUUUCCCUUUAAGCGAUCGCGGCUAAAUGAAUUUCUUGAACUUCUCGAUUUAAUCGAAAGCCAGGGUAUUACGCGCUAGACGCUAUGUAAAUAUUUGGAGCGGAAGACCCGCGGUCCCUCCGGCUACUUACGAUGGAUCAAGUUUCAGGAGUACGAGCAAUUUAGUUUUUAUCAACCAUUAAACAGCCUACUAACUUCCUUACAAGUUCGAACGAUACUUUUAAUCCGCCAGUUUUAAUCGUAACUCACUGAUCUCUAAAAUAAUUAUAUACAUAGUUCAAUGACCUAAGCGAUCUAUCCUAUAUAAAAAUUUUCUAAAGUCUAAUGGCGAAGCUUAUAAGAGACGGCAUAUCGACUAUCUACGUACGUCGUAACCAUGAAUAGAUAUAACGAGGACAGAGGGAAAAUUGUGUGGACUGAAUGAAAAGAAGCGCAAGCAGGGACACGCGUAUCGAUCCAACAAACCAAGGAAACCAGCGGAGGAUCCAUUGGCAGUGUCCUCCAGUCGACGAUAAGCCGGAGUUCGCGUGGACCAUUCCAAGUGACAAGUGAGACGAGAAUCUCUCGAUAUGUCCGACGCCGAGGAUACCGAGAGCGAGGACAGCGAUACCGAUGGCGGGAUGGGAAACGUGAACAAAAUGAUAAUGCGACCGCCGGGUCACAGCGGGAAAGCGAAGAAAGGACACAUCUGCUUCGACGCCUCGUUCGAGACUGGCAACCUGGGGAGAGUGGACCUUAUCUCGGAGUUCGAAUAUGAUCUUUUCAUACGGCCGGACACGUGCAACCCGCGGGUUCGUUUCUGGUUCAACUUCACGGUCGACAACGUGAAAGCCGAUCAGCGGGUGAUCUUCAAUAUAAUUAACAUAUCGAAAAGCGCGAAUCUGUUCCGCGACGGGAUGACGCCGCUCGUGAAGAGCAGCAGCAGAUCGAAAUGGCAAAGGAUACCCAGGGACCAAGUUUUCUACUACAAAUCGGCUCAGCACCAAAACCAUUACGUCCUCAGCUUCGCGUUCUGUUUCGACAGCGAGGAAGACGUGUACCAGUUCUCUUUGAGCUAUCCGUACUCGUACAGCCGUUACUUGGCGCACCUCGACAACCUGUGCACCAGGUUGACGUGCACGAGACGGGAGACUCUAGCCACGUCGAUACAAAAGCGAAAAAUCGAACUGAUCACGAUAACGUCGAAUCUGGAAGAUGGUCAAGACCGCUCGAGGAGGGUGGUUGUAAUUCUAGCUAGGGUACACCCGGGCGAGUCACCUACUUCGUUCGUCUGCCAAGGUCUAAUGGACUUUUUAGUCAGCGGCCACCCCAUCGCUCAGGCAUUAAGAAGCUAUGUAGUUUUCAAGAUAGUCCCGAUGCUGAAUCCCGACGGAGUUUUUCUUGGCAACUAUAGAUCGACCGUGACAGGGGCGGACUUGAAUCGUUCCUGGAAUAAAGUCUCCGAAUGGCUUCAUCCUGCCCUCGUUGCGAUCAAGCCGAUGCUAAAGAGCCUCGACAAAAACUCACGAGCACCGUUGGACUUCGUGCUCGACUUACACGCUCAUGUCAAUGCCACCGGUAUUUUCGUUUACGGGAACACGUACGACGAUGUCUACAGGUACGAGAGGCACAUCGUGCUACCGAAGUUGUUAGCUCAACACGCGGAGGACUAUGAGAUAUCGAACACGAUGUACAAUCAGGACCCGAACAGAGCCGGGACAGCUCGUCGUUAUCUCUGCUCGAUGCUGAAGGAGCACGUCAACUGUUACAGCAUCGAAGUAUCGAUGUACGGGUACAAUAAGAAGACGACGCCUGGAAUAUUCCCAUACACCGAGGAAGGAUAUUAUAGACUGGGACGAAAUCUGGCCCGCGUAUUUCUAGAGUAUUACAAGCUGAUGGGCAUCAUCCCUGUCGGUUUGCCUAACCAACCGUCUACGAAACGAACGCGACAGUAUCGGCCGCGAUACCGUGACCAUAGACAGACCAGGCCGAAGACGUCCAGGAAGCCAGCGCCUAUACAUUUCGCCAGCAUUCACGAGUAUUUCGAGGAGGACGCGGAGGUGACCACGAACGGCGGUUACCGAUCGAUGAGCGGUACGCGGAUGAGCCAGCUUAAAACCGGAACUGGAAGUGGAACGGGCGUUGGCGGGUGCAGGAACCGGAGCUACAGGUUCCGGAGCCCCGGGGCACCGCUCGACAGGGUGCAACCUCUCUCCAGACAUCCCACCGAGCCGCGGCUCACUAUUAUCGAUUUCAAUCAGCUGACAAGGGGCAGUUUGGAACUGGCUACGAGCAGGAACAGGGCAAAGGUCGCUCGGAAAUUCGACAAGACGAACAGAUAACGAUCUCUUCGUCCUGAAUCAUUAAAAAUUAUCAAAACCCUCGUUCAUCCGUUAGCGAUUGCAGAUGCAUCGAGCGGUAACGAAACGAAUGCGAGUCAGUGGUUCGAGCGCGACGUAUAAAAUUGUAAAGGGUUGCUUCUUUGUUCCCGCGCUACUUCUUUUUAUAUGCUUCCACUGCCCCGUCGAUUGGUUCCUUCUACAUAACGCAAGACCCUCUUCGUUCGAUUUAACUGUAUAUUGUACGUGUACAAGUACGAUGACAAAUGAAUAUACGUAACAUACAACGUGCAUUAUCUUUUCUAGCAUCACGUAUGGCGUAGUGAGACCCUUGAACGAGAUUUAAUUUGUUUCCACCUACGAGGUGUUCUUGGUAUCGCGAAUUAGACAGAAUGCCAAAGCAAAGAAUCGUUGAUGUUCUAAAAUAGCGAAAUCGAAUCUCGACUAAGGCGAUCUCGUUUAAGAGUGACUACUACGGGCAGCCUUGAGAAAGGUGGUUCGUGUAAAGAGGUAAAACAAUUGAUAUACGUAAAUAUAAUUGCAAGAUGUAU